GUCUCCCCUCCCGCUUCCCAAACCAGACACGGCCCUAAAGAAAAUUUUAAGCCCAUCCUCUUAUUAUACUGGGGCCCAAUUGAUAUAUAUUGGCCUCUGUAUCUUCAUCCGUAAGCACACAACCGCGGAGAUAAGCAGCAUCGAGCAAAAAUGGAGGCUGGAGACGAAGCCUUAGAGAUAUUGGACUCCAAAGACUUGCAGCAGCAGAGCAAAGCAUUCGAUAAGCUCACUGAUCAUGUCGAAGACCGACAGCUCAACUCUUCGCGUGUCCAAUCGGCUAUGGCCUCAAUAUCUGCCACGAAGGAAGCUGAUCUUCAAGCUAUGAGAAUGAGGGAGAAGGAAUUAGCUGCUGUUAAGAUAGAUGCUGCCCAUAUCGAUAUCAUCGCCAAUGAACUCGAGGUUGACAAGAAGUUUGCUGAACGGACCUUAAGAGAGCAUAAAGGUGAUGUUAUUGCUGCAAUAAGGCACUUGCUCGAUACAUCAGUUUCCUUCUGAAAACAUUUGAUGUUCUUCCUUUCUUCUGUACUGUUGUACGUCUUAGUGUGCACAAGCAGUUGAUCAUUUCUUUUUUUAGGCACUUGUUCAAAAGUAUUUCCCUUUGAGGUGCAUCUGAUGGUCCUAAAUUGAGAGUUCGUAGUGGUGAAAUGAUCAAGUAUUCUGAUUUUCUACUUAAGAUAAUAUUGCAUGCAUGAAAAAUUUGUUUUCCUCAACCAUGGACAAAUUUAGGGACGUCUCGGAUAUGUAUUCAAGCAGCUAUGUUCCAUUAUGAUAUGACCUUGCAUGGGUAAUACACAUAAAAUGGACCAAUUGG